AUGCCAAAGUCAGCGCGCAAACCCAGCAGUAAUGGCAGCGGUGGAAUUACCAAGCCUGAUCCUUAUGCUCGCAAGAACAAGAGCGCCGCCUCGCAUAAUGCAAUCUUCAAGAUGAACACAGAUCUUGGCCAGCAUAUCCUCAAAAACCCGGGUGUCGCACAAGCGAUCGUCGAUAAAGCUGAUGUCAAGCAAUCCGACAUUGUUCUCGAAAUCGGACCUGGAACCGGCAACCUUACAACCAAGAUCCUCGAAAAGGCGAAGAAGGUGAUAUGUGUGGAAAUGGAUCCUCGCAUGGCGGCAGAAAUCACAAAGCGCUUUCAGGGAACUCCACAGGGAAAGAGAUUAGAAUUGAUAUUGGGGGACGUGAUCAAGAUGCCCGAGUUGCCAUACUUUGACGUCUGCAUCAGCAAUACACCAUACCAGAUUUCUUCACCUCUGACCUUCAAACUACUGGCGACGAGUCCGAGCCCGCGUAGCUGCGUGCUCAUGUUUCAACGAGAGUUCGCCAUGCGACUCUUUGCGAAGCCUGGAGAUAAGCUGUACAGCAGAUUGUCGGUCAAUUGUCAGAUGUGGGCCAAGGUGGACCAUGUCAUGAAGGUGGGCAAGAAUAACUUUAAUCCUCCACCACAGGUGGAGAGUAAUGUUGUGAGGAUAUGUCCGAAGAACCCGAGGCCGAACAUCAGCUAUGACGAGUGGGAUGGGUUGUUGCGAGUGUGCUUUGUGAGGAAGAACAGGGUGCUGAGACAAGCUUUUGUGGGGACCACAAGCGUUAUGGCAAUGCUGGAAUCGAAUUACAGGACAUUCUGCGCGCAGAAUGAGAUUCCACUGGACGACGGGYCACUUGAGGGUGGGGAUGAGGCAAUGGAUGUAGACGGAGGAGCCGAGGAGGUGGAAGAGGAGGAGGAUUGGGCGGGCAUUAUGGAAGUGGACGAUGACGAGGAUGUGCCAGAUUUUUUCAAGGAGGAGGCUGACAAGAAGGCGAAGAAGUUGGCUGGUAACCCUAGUCGUAAGAGGAAGGGCAAGGUUGCAGAGUUAGUACGGACGAAGGUUGUCAAGGUGCUGGACGAUACUGAGCUUUCGGAUAAGCGGUCGAGAAUGUGCGAUGAAGGCGACUUCCUCAAACUGCUCUACGCCUUCAACCAAGAGGGCAUCCACUUUGCGUGA